GGCAGAAGCACAGAGCACGUCUGCCCGGCGCACCGCACGCUCCGGGACUCGCGUGACAGCUCGGUUGACAACAAGCGGCACGACAGACACUUCCUCGUGGGGGACGCGACAGCCAGGCGCAUCUUCUGUGUCCUGCGGAGGCACCGAGCCAUUCGGUCUCUCUCCGAAUAAGAGGAUAUACUUUCUUGACAUUUUCUUCUUUUUGGUUUUGGUCACCCGAUUUUGAUCCACAAUGCCAGCUGACACUAUGGAGAAGCAGACGGCUUCUCCUAUUGCCGGAGCCCCCGCUAACGGAUCCCACACACCGGACAAGCCCAAAAACGCCAGCGAGCACAGAAAAUCGUCCAAACCCAUCAUGGAAAAACGCCGGAGAGCAAGAAUAAACGAAAGCCUGGGCCAGCUCAAGACCCUCAUCCUAGACGCCCUGAAGAAAGAUAGUUCCAGGCAUUCUAAACUGGAAAAAGCAGACAUAUUGGAGAUGACUGUGAAGCACCUGAGGAACCUGCAGCGCGUGCAGAUGAGCGCAGCGCUCUCAGCUGACGCCACGGUUCUGAGCAAAUACAGAGCGGGCUUCAACGAGUGCAUGAACGAGGUCACGCGCUUCCUGUCCACCUCGGAGGGGGUGAACGCGGAGGUGAGGUCCAGGCUCCUCAACCACCUGUCCAGCUGCAUGGGCCAGAUGAUGUCCCUGAACUACCCGCAGCAGGGCGCGCCCCCGCAGGCGCACCUGGCCCAGCCCCUGCACGUGCAGCUGCCCUCCACGCUGCCCAUCAGCGGGGCGCUGCCCAUGAGCUCCAAGCUCAGCCCGGCCGAGGCCGUGUCGCCCAAGGUCUUCGGCGGCUUUCAGCUGGUGCCCGCCAGCGACGGACAGUUCGCCUUCCUCAUCCCCAACCCGGCCUUCGCCGCCUCGGCCCCGGCCCCGGUCAUCCCCCUCUACGCGAACGCGGGGGUCCCCGUGGCGGUCAACGCCAGCCCGGUGCACGGGAGCUCGGCACCCACCGCGGCGGCGUCCCCGGUCCACGGCAUGACCUCCUUCUCCGGGGGGUCCCAGGCGGUCAGCCCCGUGGGGGUCAGCACCGGCCCCGAGAGCAACGAGCCGGUGUGGCGGCCCUGGUAGCUCCACGGGGCCAGAGAGACUCGCGUCAAUCCACUUAAGCGUCUUUUUGCCAGUUUAGACCUUUAACGGACUGCACACGCAGCUGUUGCGGGGGGCUCAGCCUGCGACUUUUCCGCUACGGGAUGGUAACUAACCACUUUAUGCCCCCCCCCCCACCCACCCAGUUUUCAAUGUUUCGUUUUAUGGAACAGUGUUGCUAUACUUUUAUUUUUGGUUUGUUUGUUUUCGCCCCCUCUCUUCUAAUAAUUUAUUGUUGAUUCCAACAUUUGGAUGUCGAUGAUAAAGACACAGAUGAAAGAUUUAUAGGAAACUUUUGUUAUGAAGUACUUUUUAUGAAAAGGUUUAGUUUUGUACAGAGGUGUUAUCGAUUGUUAUACCAAAGCUGUGAUUUAUAUACUGCAUUUUGUGUUGAAAGGAAAUACUGAAGUUGGGUGGAAACCCCAUUGUUUUAAUAAAUAAGAUUUCUGAAAUGAA